CUGCAGCUGCUGCAAGUGCAACGAGAGCUGAAUGCAAACGUAAUCAUUGGGAAAAUUGUGUGUGCCAAACAAUUUCGACACAGACAAAAAAACUAAUUGAGCAAAAGACUCUCGCCUGGACUGGGGAUCCGCAAGAAGAGAACAAGAAGAAAAACAACAACAAUAUUAAACAACAAAAGUCAAAAUGGUUUCGAGAAGAAAAAUAUUAUCACGUUCGCGCGAUGAUCUAAACCUGGAUCAGACAUUCACCCAACAAGAGGAGGAGGAAGAUGUCUGGUAUCAGAAAGAUAAGCUCUAUAAGGAACACAUACAGGAAGUGCUGGACAAAUGGACGCAAAUCGAUGAUGAGAUCUGGGCCAAAGUAAUUGUCUUUGAGCGCAAUCGCCGUGUGGCCAAAGCCUAUGCACGUGCUCCAGUGCUCACAAUCAAUGGCUCCGACGAUGGCUUCGAUGGCAUGCGCAUUGGACUGUGCGGCUUUGACAAUCCGAUGCGGGACCAGAAGACGGAGGAGAUGAAGCGCGUCAUCGGCCAGGGCGUCAAGAUCAAAAUGGAUGAUGCUGGCAAUAUACUCGUGCGUCGCUAUGCGAAGAGCAACGUAUUUGUUAAGAGCACCGCCAGCACUCCCAACGAGGAGACAUCCAUUGGGGCCGAAAUCUUAAAGCUGCCAAAUCAGGCGCUCGAAAGCGAAAAAAUAGUCAAGCUGUUCGAUAUGAAGAAGUUCCAGUCGAACGUGAAUCGUGAAUUGCGCCGUGCCUAUCCAGAUCGUCGACGCUUGGAAACGCAAUGCCUAUCGGCAUUGGCCUUUGUCAAAUCGGAGAAUGACAUUUUGGAGUGCCCCAUUUGGGUGCUCAUUGUGAAUGUGGUAGCCAUGGAUAUGCUAAAGAGCAAAUUGCCGCCAGUGCAACGUCCCAUUGUGGAUAUAAAGAAUCGGCCGCGCAUACCCAUACCCGACGAGGAUCCCUACAGCGUGGCCGGCAACGGCAGCAACGGCAGCUCGGGCAGCUCUGGCUUUGGCAGCGCCCACCAGCAACAGCUGCAGCAGCAGCAGCUGCAACAGCAGCAACUGGGCAAGCAUUUGAAUAAUGGCAGCAGCAAUGGACAUGUGGCUGCCACACGUGAGCAACUGUUGCUGCAGACGCAGCAAUUGGCGCACAAGCGCAGCGAGAAGCCGCCCAAAUUGCCGCCCAGAGAUAAUGUCUAUGCGCAUGAUCUAAUUCCAAAGCCGGACUACGAUGACAUUGACUUGGAGUCCCGCAUCAAAUUGUCUCGCGGCAAAUCUGACAAGGGCAAGGACAACAAGAAAUAUGAUGAUCCCUAUUACUGUGGCUUGCGUGCACGCGUGCCCAACUUUGUGAAGUCUUCCAAGUCCGGCUCGAAGGAUCAGCGUGACGGCAAUGGCAACAACAUCAUCAACAACAGCAGCARCAACAACAACAGCAGCAACAGCAAUGGCAACGGCAACGGCAACGGCAUGAGCACGCUCAGCCAGAAGAAGACAUCGAUGAUACACAACAAUCAUUUGGCUGGCAUGCAUCCGCACGCGCURCACUUGCAGCAGCAGCAACAGCAGCAACAGUUGAUGGCAGCGGCGGCAGCGGCGGCAGCGCAUGCCGUGCACCACCAGCAGCCGGCUAGCCAUCACCAUCCGCAUCAGAUUUGGCAGACGCGCAGCUAUGAGAGUGGCAUAGAUUCCGAACUUGUCGAAUCACCUUACAAUCACAUCUAUGGACGCCAUUUACCGCUGCCCACACGCGGCUAUGUGCCCACACCACGCAUGUUCAUUGGGGAAUGGGACUGAGAGCGGAGAGGAUGAACCCUAUGCAUAUACAUACAUAUAUAAAUGCAUCUAAAAAAAUUCCCAUGUCAAAACUGUCAAUAGAAAGCAAAGUAAAAACUUUCAAGUUGGGCAUCAUCGACUGCUUAAUGCUCGUUCAGAAUUUUC